CUGGUGAUGCUGGAACAAAGAUGGCCGCCUUGGCGCCCGUCGGUCCCGCGGGUCCCCGCUGUCGUCCGCUAACUGCGGGCCUCCGGCUGCUUCCGCUCCUGGGGCUGCUGCAGCUGCUGGCCGAGCCCGGCCUCGGCCGCGUCCACCACCUGGCGCUCAAGGACGAUGUGAGGCAUAAGGUUCAUCUGAACACCUUUGGAUUCUUCAAGGAUGGGUACAUGAAGGUUAAUGUCAGUAGUCUUUCGGUGAAUGAGCUUCCAGGAACCACAGACAAGGACCCAACUAUUGGAUUCAGCCUAGACCGUACAAAGAAUGAUGGAUUUUCUUCUUACCUGGAUGAAGAUGCAAAUUACUGUAUUUUAAGGAAACAGGCUGUCUCUGUCACCCUUUUAAUCCUAGACAUCCCCAGAAGUGAAGUGAAAGUAAAAUCUCCACCAGAAGCUCCCCAGUUACCAAAGAUCAUCUUCAGCAAGGACGAGUGGGUCCUUGGUCAGAGCCAGGAGCCCGGUGGCGACUCUGUUUCAGAAGGCAACCACACUCAGAAUAAACAGGACAGUGGAAAGUCUAAACGAAGCACAGUAGAUUCAAAGGCAAUGGAAGAGAGAUCCUUUUCUAUUCAUAAUAAUGGUGGAGCAGUUUCAUUUCAGUUUUUCUUUAACAUCAGCACUGAUGACCAAGAAGGCCUCUACAGUCUUUAUUUUCAUAAAUGUAAUGGAAAGGAAAUGCGGCCUAGUGAUGAGUUUUCAUUCAGCCUGGAUAUUGAGAUCACAGAGAAGAAUCCUGACAGCUACCUCUCAGCAGGAGAAAUUCCGCUUCCUAAAUUAUAUAUUUCUAUGGCCUUUUUCUUUUUCCUUUCUGGGACCAUCUGGAUUCACAUCCUUCGCAAACGACGGAAUGACGUAUUUAAAAUCCACUGGUUGAUGGCGGCCCUUCCUUUUACCAAGUCUCUUUCCUUGGUGUUCCAUGCAAUUGACUACCACUACAUCUCCUCCCAGGGCUUUCCCAUCGAAGGCUGGGCUGUGGUGUACUACAUCACUCACCUCUUGAAAGGGGCACUGCUGUUCAUCACCAUUGCACUCAUUGGCACCGGCUGGGCAUUCAUCAAGCAUAUCCUUUCCGACAAAGACAAAAAGAUCUUCAUGAUUGUCAUCCCUCUCCAGGUCCUGGCAAACGUGGCCUACAUCAUCAUCGAGUCCACUGAGGAGGGGACGACUGAGUAUGGCUUGUGGAAGGAUUCUCUGUUUCUGGUUGACCUGCUGUGCUGUGGAGCCAUCCUCUUCCCAGUGGUGUGGUCAAUCAGGCAUUUACAAGAAGCAUCAGCAACAGAUGGAAAAGCUGCCAUUAACUUAGCAAAGCUGAAACUUUUCAGACAUUAUUACGUCUUGAUCGUAUGUUACAUAUACUUCACCAGGAUCAUUGCAUUUCUCCUCAAACUUGCUGUUCCAUUCCAGUGGAAGUGGCUCUACCAGCUCCUGGACGAAAUGGCCACGCUGGUUUUCUUUGUUCUAACGGGGUAUAAAUUCCGCCCAGCGUCAGAUAACCCCUACCUACAACUUUCUCAGGAAGAUGACGACUUGGAGAUGGAAUCUGUAGUGACAACAUCAGGGGUGAUGGAGAAUAUGAAGAAAGUCAAGAAGGUGACCAAUGGCUCUGUGGAGCCCCAGGGCGAUUGGGAAGGCACUGCGUGAUGGGCACCCCGGAGGCUGGCACUGUCAGAGGAAACAUUUAAUUUAUUAGGAGUCUUGAUGGAGAGCGAGAGCAACUGGCACCUCCCAACAGUGACACCACAGAGCACGUGGCUGGGAACAAAGUGCCACGCAACCUAGUUUCUUACUCUCUUCUCUGGAAACCUGAUCUAUGGCUUGUUACAGGCAGUUUGAACCUCCUUCAGGUGGGGAUGGUAUGGAGGGAAUAGAAAGGAGGGUGAAAGGAAGACUUUGUUUUUAAUUUGUAUUUCUUUUUUUUUAAUUGGGAACUCUUAAGGUAUAUGCAGUUGUGACCCCAAGCGUGUAGCAGAAUAGGGAGGAAUGUUGGGGGAUGGGGGAGGGAGGCAGAGGUGUAUGUCUGAGGCCAGCCAUUGUACAGGAACAGGGCUUCAGUAGAUGAGCAGAUGUCACAAAGACACAAGCCUUGCAAAGACAGGAAAGGGACAAAACCGAGGGAAAUUAGGUUAUUUUAGAAAGCAAAGUCAAAACCCACUUUAGUAUGUAGAGCCUGCCCUAGGAUUCCUGGUCCUAAAUGUUGCCCCAGACCUUUAUCCUGGAUUCUGAAAGUGACCAGGAACCAGGAGCUCAGCAGCCCGGUGGCCUCCUAACAGGACUCCCUCCUCAGAGGACUGGAAUGUGCUUGUCAAAGGCCCUGGGACUGAGGUGGGAAAUGGUUUUCUUAUUGGUUUGUCUUCUGUGUGGCCUGAUUGGGUGGACAGGGCUUGGGGCGUAAGCUCAGAAGGCAUUCUCCUAUGGGGUUUCCCUGAGCACCCCACUCCCUGACUGCCCAGAGCAGCACCCUCCUCACUCCCCUCUCUCCUCAUGACGCUUAGAGCAGAAGAUGGGGAGAGACGGGGAGGGAUUUGCCUUAAAGGAGCAUCUGGGGGCUGAAGAGGCAGUGCUUAAGCAAAUACUUAAAUACAAGCCAGUCAUUUCACAGGCUUUCCUGGGGGCCAGAGAGGAUUUCUAAAGAGGAGCGAAACGGUCCUUGUCCCAGCGUUCCAAGAGUAUGUAUGCAAAGAAAGUCAGUGUGACGGAGAGUCUGACUCAGGGAUUGGGGCUGGCGGAACACUCCAGACACUGGCGCGAGGAGCUCCCUGAAGUGAGCAGCACGCAGCUUGGGGCCGAGCCCUCAGGGGGACUGGACGAGCUCUGGCGGCCUGUUGCCGCCCAGGGCGGGGAGGGCUGAGCAGUACUUUCCCGCUGUGAUUUUGGUCGCCUGGGCCUGAGACAGGACACACACAAGGCUGCAUUGGGGACGCUCCCUGCAGCUCGGUGCCGGUCAGGUCAGGGCGCCUCCGCCUGCCAGGACGAGUCACAGGGCUGCACCUGCAGGGGCCUCCGGGGCUCCACAGCCACAGUCUCAGGGGGUGGGUUUCUUGCCCCUAGAUUGGAAGAGUCACUCAGAAACUCAAUAGCCCAGGUUUGGGAAGCUGAAGGGUCUCUGCUCAGGAACCAGUUGUUGUUCCGUCUCACUUCCAGAAUCACAUGAGGAAUUGCGCGCGCUCUGUGCACUCCUACUGGCCCUCUGCUGUGCCGGCCUGACCCUUCACAAAGGCUCGGUCCUGGCCAAGCGUGGAGUACGACCAAGCAUCCGGCAAGACCACAGCUGCUUGCCGUUCCACACAUACUUGGGGGAGGGUAUUGUGUGUCUCCCCAUCUCCCACCUAAGUAUUAAUAUAAGGGACCUUUUUCUUUUUUUUUUAUUAAGUGAAUUUGGAGCUGUAUGACAGGAGAAGGAAGUUGCAGGGAAGAUGAGAAUGUUUUUAAGACUUUGUUUCCCUGUGCAUAAACAGUCCCAGCGCUUCAGAAAUGUGUCUCACUCUGUGGCCAGAUCCCCCUUAGGUGCUGCCCUCAGAGCGGCGCACUCACUGCUUGUCCUGCAGGCACAUGUCCUUGGCUAGGCCACAGCCUUCUUGACAAGAACCAAAGUUGUGAUGAAACCUCCCCUUUAGAAAGGGGCUAUUACUGUAAGUGGCAGAAGGUUUGGUGUCAGGCUGAUGAUUGAGAAAGAUCAAAAACCCCAGCCGAAGAUUGGGAAAACGGGUGGUAACUCAAGUUUUUACAAAAUGAUUUAAGCUCUCCAUCCUGUUCUGUCAAAACGUCUCCUUUCUCUAUCCCUUAAUAGCUGUGCCAGCAGUGAGUGCUGCUGUUGAGUUUAGAUGGCGAUCCAGGGCCAGACAGCUCCCUCGCCGACAGCCGCUGCCCGCAGCCUGGCUCGGUUACAGUGCGGCCUGCCGGCAGCUGCAGCCUCAGUGCAGGGUGUGGGCCGAGGUGACCGGCCGCGCGUCCCAGAGCGGUGGGUCGUGUUUACAGCUUUGCUCUGUGCUCCCGCGCCCUGGGUCUGCCUGCGCAGAGUUGCCGCGCUUCCGUUGAGAAAUGUGCUGGGGACUGGAAGUACUGCUGGCUGUAAAAUUAGGGAGUAGCGGGUGUGUGUAUCUCACUAGAGAAGUCCUUGGACAGCAAGAACCGCCAUUGGUCCUGGCUCCCACAGUAGCCAGAGACCUCCAGCCCACUCCUGGGUCCCUUCUGCCAUGAGGUUUGGGUAGCAGCGCGUUUACACUGCUGAAUAUGGCCGGCUUCUCUCCUGCGAGGACGUGCUUGCUCUCGUGUAAAAGAUGGUUUCUCAGCUCACAGCCUGAGUCAGCCGAGUUUUCUUUCCGGAACCACUUCAGGGUAAAUGUCCAUGUUUCCCCACAGACCUGUGCGGCCGGCCAAGGCGGCGCUCAGGCCCACCAGGUGUCCCUUCCGGGCCGGUCAUCCCGCAGUGUGAUCUCCCCAGCAUCCACAGCCCACCCUCCUCCUCCCCUGUCCCUGCUGUCCCCUCCCUCCGUUUCCCCCUCCCCCUCCGCCCUUCACCCCACACCUGCCCGUCUGCGAAUGUGGGCUGAAGGCUUUGGUGCAGUGCAGCAUUUUCUCCCAGUGGCUGUGUUGAAGGAUGUAUUUUCUAAGGAGAAUUCUGUCAGGAGAGUGCAUACCAACGCCAUGAAUUACUGCUUUGGGCCAUGUAUAAUCUUCCCCCACACUAAAAUGUAUGUCCUUUUACAGUGCUUAAGCACCUACUUCAAGGAGCCAGUCCUGACAGACCAAGGAUGAGUGUAAAAGAUGCCCAUUUUAAUUGCGAGUGGCCUUCCGGCCAUCUCCCUGGUCCUGAAGCAUUUUCUUCGAGGAAGGCUCUUAGAACGUUAGGCCUCUGAUAAGCUUGCUGGCCCCUCUCCAAACACCCAGUCCACAGAGGAGCUGCUCCUGCCUCGUGCUGCCAAGCUGCCGAGUUCCAAAGGAGGCAGAUCCUAGCCCGCUCCUCCACUGGUUUCCACGCUGCACCCCUUUGCUUUUCUCUGACAGACCCCCAGCCUUCUAACAGGUCCAGGCUCUCUGCCAAGUCUAGCAUGCCUGUGGCUGGCUGCUUUAUCCCCCCAGGUUUCAGUAAGUUAACGGCUUCCCCCCAAAGGAGUCAGGCUUUGGCCUGACACCUUUUGAUGUACCAAGAAGGUAUUCAUCUGGAACAUACCAAAUGUUCUGAAAGAUCUGCUCUUCGCUCCGGUUUUCUCUGCGGUGUUUUUGUGAGGGAGUCUUUCAAAGAGAUCACUUGAGUCGAUGCUAAUACUUCUCCCCAGUGGAAUGUAGUUAUUGAUCGGUGGGCUGAACACCCUCCAGUUCCCCAGGGGCCUCCUUUGUAGCCUGGUGAUGCAUCUGUGGCCUCUCUGCAUGGUUUAUGCUUGGAAAGGAAUGAUUUUUGAUUGGCUCACCACUAGGGCAUGGGACAUGCAUACCCCCUGAGAUGCUGAGGGGGCGACAAGCAAGUGAGGGAGCAAGGGUCCUGUCAUGCUGCAUGGUACCUGGUGGAGUCCCGGUGGCAGCCAGGCCAGUGGGGAAGGGGCUCGGGAUAAAGUCAGUAGGGGUUAAGGGGUUAAAGUGCAGAAGAGCUACUCGCUCCCAGGACAGCAAACUCAUUGAGAGGCACGGUUUGCGGUUUUGUAGUGGGCGGGGCCAGAGGGUCAACUUCUUAGCAUUUAAGAUCAUUACUACAAAAGUACCCCAGAUUCCUGUACACACAAGGGGGUUUCUUGAUGCCUUAAGCAGCUUUUGCAGAUGCUAAAUUGGAUUUGCCUAGUCAUGUGACCUCAGAAGUCAGACAUACCUGAUCCGGAAACAAGUUUCCUUUAGGGGAGAGAAUGUCUGUAAAUGCCAUUUGCUUUUCAGGUUAGGUUGGGAUGCAGAAGGAGUUUUCAGUAUUUUUUUAACACUUAUGAUCAUUGGAGAGUAUUUAUGUAAACAUGUAAAUGGGUGGCGGUUCUGAUCAGGGUGAUUUGAUGUGUGGGAUGGAUUCUCUUGCUGGGAUGCAAACAUGUAAAAUAAAGAUUCUGUGAUGGAAA